UUCUCUUGGGAACGCCUGUUGGUUGGGUCGAAUCACUUUUAAUGAUUUACUAUGUCAGUAGUGGGGUUCUCCAAUUAGAUCGUUUGUUUGUUUGUGAUAUUUUAAAAUAUAAACACACAUGCUAUUUCCAUCACAAAUUCCCAAUCUUUCACCUUCAAAAAGCAAAGCACAACAAUUCUGGUUGUUAUUUUCAACUAUAAUCGCUCCUAGGGUUCGUGUUUUUAUCUGCAAUCGAUAAAUUGAAUUAGAAGAAGAUCUUGUCAGCAGCAAUCCAAUGGAGGCAACUGACUACAUAAGAAGACAUCAAAGACAUAUUACCGACCAUAAACAGUGCGCUUCAGCCGUAGUGAAACACAUCAAAGCUCCCGUCGAUAUCGUUUGGUCAUUAGUACGGAGGUUUGACGAACCUGAAAAGUACAAACCUUUCGUGAGCAGGUGCAGGAUGUGUGCAGCAGGGGCAGGGGUAGGGGAUGCUGUGAGUAUAGGAAGUGUUAGAGAGGUGAAGGUGAAAUCAGGUCUUCCGGCGACUACCAGCACAGAAAGGUUGGAACUUCUGGAUGACAAAGACCACAUCCUCGGAAUCAAAAUUGUUGGUGGAGACCAUAGGCUAAAGAACUAUUCUUCAAUCCUAACUGUCCAUCCAGAGCCGGAGGUACUGGAAGGAAGAUCUGCAGGGAGUGGGACACUUGUGAUAGAGUCAUUCGUGGUGGACAUACCCGAUGGCAACACCAAGGACGAAACAUGCUACUUUGUCCAAUCCAUAAUCAACUGCAACCUUAAAUCGCUUUCUCAUGUCUCACAAAGGAUGGCCAUGCGAUCACCUCAACUCACUUAAUCAUCUUUACUUUGUAGGACUAGAUUUGGACCAUUGGAUUAUAAUUCUUAACGGCUAAGAUUGUGAUGGUAUACCAUAGUUACUAUGUCAUAGAUCACAUAUUAACAAUGAUUUCAUUAAGAAAACUUUGCAUAUAAGGGCAUUAUAGACA